CCACCCCCCACAAAAAUCAACUACUGUUUUCGUCUUCGAUUAAACAAUAAAUCCAACUUCAUGUCACUCACGUCCUCCUUCUUCUUCCUCCUUUAACUCUUACCCAUUUCCUCCAUAUGUAGCUUUUCAUCUUAACCUGCCAUCCACACAGCGACACGCCAUUUUUAUAUAAUUUCCAUCUCUGUAACCCUCAAAUCGAAUCUCAAACAAUAUUAUUUUACUAAAGAAUCAGCGCAAAACCAAACAUACAAAAUCCCCAUUUCUUGUUUUUUACAGCCAUGACAGAGGUUCUCCACUCACCAUCUUCGUCUUCCUCCUCCUCCUUACAAACCCUUGAAACCACAUUGUAUCACUCUGUAAAUCAAGAACCGGAAGAAGAAUCAGGAGAAGGGGUUUCGAAUUCUGGGGUUACAGAUUCUCAGGAAGAAGAUGAAGAUGUGAAGAACAGUAGAGAGAGACAUAAUCGACAUUUGAACUUAUUGGCACUCUUGUUGACUCUGUUCCGGAAAUCUUUCUGGCCUGCUUCUAACAACAAGAACACGGUGGCGGAAGAAAAGCUGGAUCUUUCCGGUAUGGAGAUUGGGUGGCCCACCGAUGUGCGCCACGUCGCGCAUGUUACGUUUGACAGGUUUAAUGGCUUCCUGGGUUUGCCUGUUGAAUUCGAACCUGAAGUUCCCCGAAGAGCUCCUAGUGCGAGUGCGACUGUGUUUGGCGUUUCAACGGAAUCGAUGCAGUUAUCAUACGAUUCAAGAGGAAACAGUAUUCCGACGAUACUCAUACUUAUGCAGGAACGUUUAUACAGUCAAGGUGGCUUGAAGGCGGAAGGUAUUUUUAGAAUCAAUCCGGAAAACGGGCAAGAAGAACAUUUGAGAAAUCAAUUGAACAGUGGCGUAAUUCCAGAAGGCGUCGAUGUUCACUGUUUGGCUGGUCUUAUUAAAGCGUGGUUCAGAGAAUUGCCGACUGGGGUUUUGGAUCCGCUUUCGCCGGAGCAGGUAAUGCAAUGUCAAUCGGAGGAAGACUGCGCCACCCUUCUCCGCCGUUUGCCGCCAACGGAAACCGCUCUGCUCGAUUGGGCCAUUAACUUGAUGGCGGAUGUUGUUCAACAUGAACAUAUCAACAAGAUGAAUGCACAUAACAUUGCGAUGGUUUUCGCCCCGAAUAUGACCCAGAUGAUUGACCCGUUGACUGCAUUGAUGUAUGCAGUUCAAGUAAUGAAUUUUCUCAAAACACUCAUCACUAGAACACUCCGGGAAAGAGAACAGCCGGCGGUGGAACCGCCUCGUGCUCCGCCACAAGGUCCGCCAUUGAAAACCGCCAUUGAAGAAUCUACCCAUGAAUGCAAACCGGGUCAGUCAAGUUAUCCAGACAAAAACCAACCUCUAGUCAACAAUCUAAAUUCCAAAAACACUCAAUCAGAGAAACUUGAAGCACGACGUUGAUCGAGGAAGAUGGGUCGUAUUAUUGUGAUUUUUUGUUUUGAAUAUGUGAUUUUUUUGAAACUUUCUUGUUUCUUUAUAGAUUUCUUUUGGGAGUUGUUGUGAAUUUACUAAAUAAUCAAGUAAAAAUCUUUCUUUUUUUUUGGUG